AUGUCCUCGGGCACCGUCAGCUCGAUCUCCACCCCCCAGGCAAUAAUCAGCCUCGAGGUCUUGUACACCGUCUCCCUCAGGCUCUGCGGCGCGCUCGGCCCCAGCUCGAACCGCGCGCGCGGGUCAUUCACGUCCCACAUGCCCCUGCUCACAGUCGCCACAAACGGCCGCUGCAGGAACGUCACGGUCGCGCUCAACGAGUUGAUCAGCUCUUUCCGCUCAGCGUUCAACGGCACCGCCUGCUCGGCCUGGUCCAGCAGCGGGUGUCCCAGAUCAGCCCAGCAGCGCUCCCACACGUCCGCGAGCGGGAUCGUAUACGGGCCGUCGCGCUCCAGCCGGUUGACCGGGUUGGCUAAACUGGCCCCGUACCGGUCGGUCCAGUAUCUGACCGUCGUCUCGUAG